AUGGUGUCUAAGGAGUUGGAACUCUCGGAACAAGAGCUGACCAAGGCGAAAGAAGAGGCUGCGGGGAUGUUAGCUGCUAACGAAGAAUCCAUGAAGGCUACGUUGAAGGAUGAGCUCGAGCAAGCUUAUGUGGAAGAGUUGUCGAAGUUAGAGCAACAAGUUCUUAGCCAUAAGCUUCAUAAACAACCAAAGCAGGCGGCUUUCGCCUCCGCGGCCCAGCCCAGGCCCAAUGGGCCGGUCACCGAUGCCGGCAAUCUUGUUUGGGGCCGCCAACUCCGGCCCAACAUCCUACUCCCUUCUCCGUUGAAGUUAACGGUUGAGAAAAGGGUGAAGCCGGUAUUGGCCGCGGCCUCGCCAGCUGAAGGAAGCGAUUCCGCUGGGGAAGCCAAAGUGGCGCCAGUUGGUUUUGCGGCCAAGUACCCUGCACUUGUGACCGGCUUUUUCUUCUUCAUGUGGUACUUCUUAAACGUGAUAUUCAAUAUCCUCAACAAGAAGAUCUACAACUAUUUCCCUUACCCCUACUUCGUGUCGGUGAUACAUCUUGGUGUUGGUGUGGUGUAUUGUUUGGCGAGCUGGGCUGUUGGCCUCCCCAAGCGUGCUCCCAUCGAUGCCAAUAUUCUGAAGCUGCUCAUCCCAGUCGCAGUAUGCCAUGCUUUAGGACAUGUAACAAGCAAUGUCUCAUUUGCUGCGGUUGCAGUCUCAUUUACUCACACAAUUAAAGCGCUGGAGCCCUUCUUCAAUGCGGCAGCAUCGCAAUUCAUCCUUGGACAGCAGAUCCCCUUGACACUAUGGCUGUCUCUAGCACCUGUCGUGCUUGGUGUUUCAAUGGCAUCACUCACGGAGUUAUCAUUUAACUGGACUGGCUUCAUUAGUGCCAUGAUUUCCAACAUCUCAUUCACUUACCGGAGUAUUUACUCUAAGAAAGCUAUGACUGACAUGGACAGCACCAACUUAUAUGCAUACAUUUCAAUCAUUGCAUUGAUCGUUUGCAUACCCCCUGCCAUAUUGUUUGAGGGACCUAAGCUGAUGCAGCAUGGAUUUAAAGAUGCAAUUGCCAAAGUAGGAAUGACAAGGUUCAUUACAGAUCUCAUCUGCGUCGGAUUGUUCUAUCACUUGUACAAUCAGUUGGCAACUAACACCUUGGAAAGAGUUGCUCCUCUCACACAUGCAGUUGGCAAUGUGUUGAAACGAGUGUUUGUCAUUGGAUUUUCAAUUAUUAUUUUUGGAAACAAGAUCUCAACUCAAACGGCCAUCGGAACUAGCAUUGCAAUUGCAGGAGUUGCCAUGUACUCAUAUAUCAAGGCCCAAAUGGAAGAGGAGAAAAGGAAAGCUAAAACUGCUUGAGAUGCAGAAAUAGAGAGUGGAUAUCAGCGUAUUUGAGCAUGUUGUAGGAUUUGUGUGUUGUAUGUUCCUUCAGGAAAUAAUGAUCAUCGAUGUUGAGGAGGGAAGCCAUUUGAAGCUUACUCGAUUGUUUUAAUCUUAUUUUAUUUUUCUCAUUUAUUGUGUAUUUUCUUUUCUUUGGAUAAAAAGCUGUUGCUGAUUUGCAGACGACUAGAAUAAUGCAUUCCGUUGCCAAAACUCCAAGGAGGCGAAUAAUAUGUAGAAAAAGAAAUAUACAUUAUGUCUCUGAUCGUUGCAAUUAUAUGUUAGGGAGGAUCAAACUCUCUUGUUUUUUUUAUAAAGCCCUACCUUUGUUAUGUUGAAA